AUGAGCUACCCUUCGUCAUUCAUGCCAGCACGUAGGAUUUCAAACUCUAGAAUGCACAACCGUCUCCUGGACUCUGAUCCACUCUCACGCCCACUUGAGGGGGGUCCAGAGGAAGAAACGAGCGAAGAACAAGUGAGGGAGAAGCGCAACCCAAAGUACAAACCAAAGAAGAUGAUGGACGAGGCAAUCGAAGCCAUGUCUGGCCUUGAUUUGAGCGAGGCUUCAGACCCAAAGGAUUUCGAGGAUCCUGCGAUGUUCAUGCACUUCUUCGCAGAACGCAACGCGAAUGCGGCAGCUGACAAGCACCGGGCCAAACGUCGUGAGAAGCGGCACCAGAAAGCACUUUUUCGCAGCAUGGAGAACAUGACUUUGGGAGGUAGGGCGAUUGACAAGACCACAGGGGGGAAGAUCGAUCGCGAGAAGAAGACUACCAAGGUGGCUGCUCCACCUGUACCUCUCAAUGCGGUGACCAAGGCAGGAGUCCCCGUGAGGCACCCCAUCUGCUCCGAUUGGGCGGACUACCCGGAGGGUGAUGAUACUAAGAUGGGAGAGCUGGAGUCACAAGAGUAG